AUGGCCGUGCCCAUGGCCGUGCCCAUGGCCGUGCCCAUGGCCGUGCCCAUGGCCGUGCCCACGGCAGUGCCCAUGGCAGUGCCCAUGGCAGUGCCCAUGGCAGUGCCCAUGGCCGUUCCCAUGGCCGUGCCCAUGGCCGUGCCCAUGGCCGUGCCCAUGGCCGUGCCCAUGGCAGUGCCCAUGGCAGGUGCCCAUGGCAGUGCCAUGGCAGUGCCCAUGGGGCAUCAGUGCCCAUGGCAGUGCCCAUGGCAGUGCCCAUGGCAGUGCCCAUGGCAGUGCCCAUGGCAGUGCCCAUGGCAGUGCCCAUGGCAGUGCCCAUGGCAGUGCCCAUGGCAGUGCCCAUGGCAGUGCCACAUGGGCAGUGCCCAUGGCAGUGCCCAUGGCAGUGCCCAUGGCAGUGCCCAUGGCAGUGCCCAUGGGCAGUGCCCAUGGCAGUGCCCACUGGCAGUGCCCAUGGCAGUGCCCAUGGCAGUGCCCACGGCAGUGCCCAUGGCAGUGCCCAUGGCCGUGCCCAUGGCAGUGCCCAUGGCAGUGCCCAUGGCCGUGCCCACGGCAGUGCCCACGGCAGUGCCCAUGGCAGUGCCCAUGGCCGUGCCCAUGGCCGUGCCCAUGGCCGUGCGCUGGAGCCCCGCGUUUAGUUUAAGAUGUCCGUACGUGGACGAGGAGAAGUGA